GUCCGCGCGGCGCGUGCGUGUUACAGCUCGCGGCGUCGGCCGUCAUGCUGCUGGCGACCAACCUGCUGGGGCUGAUGGCGUUCUACGUGGCGGACCGCCAGCAGCGCCGCGCCUUCCUGCAGACGCGCCAGUCGCUCGAGAUGAAGCUGGUCAUCGAGGAGCAGUCGGCGGAGCAGGAGCGCCUUCUCCUGUCUGUUCUGCCGGAACACGUGGCUGUGCGCAUGCGUCAAGAUCUUGGCUCAGCAAAAGAUGGUCAGUUCAAGAAGAUCUACAUGAGCCGACACGAAAAUAGAUACCAGCAGCUGCGCAUCAAGAUCCUGGGCGACUGCUACUACUGCAUCAGCGGCGCGCCGCGCGAGCGACCCGACCACGCGGUGCUGUGCGUGCACAUGGGGCUGUCCAUGGUCAAGGCCAUCAAGCGCGUGCACAUCUCGGAGAAGACGCUGGGCUUCCUCAACGGGGAGUUCGAGGUGGAGCCGGCGCUCGGCGAGAAGCGCGAGGAGAUGCUGCGCAUGGCCGGCAUCCGCACCUUCUUCAUCGUGCGAGCGCUCAAGCCCUUCCAACCAGAGCUCAGUAAUGGCUCUCUGCAGAAGGCUGCCGAAGCGGGAGACAUUGACAUCAAAGAAAAAGAUUCAGUGGGCGGCGCGACGGAGGAGGCGGCGAGCGGCGAGAAGGAGAUGAACGGGCGCGUGCGAAGCGCGUCCGACGACUUCAAGCAGCGCCUGCGCUCGGAGCUGGUGUCGCGCGACGGCCAGCAGGAGCUGCGCUCGCACACGCACGCGCUCGCGCUCACCUUCGGCGACGCCGCCAAGGAGCAGGCCUACCAACGCCACCGCGACGCGCUCUCCUCCGUGUCGCUGCUGGGCUGCCCGCUGGCGCAGCUGCUGGCCGGCGCCGCGCGCCUGCUCGUCCUGCCCAGAGAUGUGGUGAGCGCAUUGAGCCUGGGCGUGGGUGAGCUACUGCUACUGCUCCUCUCCUUCAUGUGCGUGGUCGAGUUCUUACCUGGGAGGGUGGCGCGCGCGUUGUCCGGCUGCGGGGCGGCCGUCAACGGGCACCUGGCGCUGCGCCGCGCCGUCGCCGCCGCCGCGGUGCUGCUGCUCGGCGCCGCCAACCUCGUGCUCACGGUG